CCCAUAAAACCCAAGGAAGAAGAAGAAGAAGAAGAAGCCGCCUCCCCACGACUCUUCCCGGCUUCUCUAUCGUCACGUGACGAUAAUUAAAACUAUGUGUCGUGCUGUGGACGUCAUCUGCUACAGUAGGUUAUCAGGCUAUGCCGUCUUCAGGUUAUGACUCGGCCAGUUUGCCGGAUUUAUUACCGCUGUACUACCGACGACUGUUCCCCUUCUCCCAGUAUCACCGCUGGCUAAACUAUGGAGGAGUGCAGAAGAACUACUUUCAGAACCGAGAGUUCUCCUUCACACUCAAAGAUGACAUCUAUGUUCGCUACCAGUCGUUCAGCACUCAAGCAGACCUGGAGAAGGAAAUGCAGAAAAUGAACCCGUACAAAAUCGACAUUGGAGCAAUAUACAGUCACAGGCCCAAUCAACACAACACAGUGAAGUCAGGAACCUUUCAGGCACUGGAGAAGGAGCUGGUGUUUGAUAUUGAUAUGACAGAUUAUGAUGACGUCAGGAGCUGUUGCAGUGCUGCAGACAUUUGCACUAAGUGCUGGACUCUGAUGACCAUCGCCGUUCGCAUCCUGGACAGAGCUCUUCGAGAGGACUUUGGUUUCCAGCACCUGUUGUGGGUGUAUUCUGGAAGAAGAGGAAUACAUUGCUGGGUGUGUGAUGAAGCUGCAAGGAAGCUGUCUGUGGCAGCUCGCUCUGCAGUUGCAGAAUACCUCAGCCUGAUUAAGGGAGGUGAAGAGACGGUGAAGAAAGUUGUGCUGGUGGAUCCAAUUCACCCUUUUAUCAGAGAAUCGUUGACAGUGGUGGAGCAGUACUUCCCUCAGUACGCUCUUCAGGACCAGGACAUUCUGGGCCGCAAGGAAUCUGUAAAUAAAGUGCUGGGACUCGUGCCUGAAGAUGUGAGAAAAGAGUUACAGCAGCACUUCCAGAAUGAGAGGAGACCUGAGAGCCGUUGGGAGCUGAUCAAGGACCAUGCUCAAAAGAAGCAGGCAACUGCAAAAAAGGGCCAAUACUUUGAGAAGGAAAUCAUGCUGCAGUAUUGUUACCCUCGGCUGGAUGUGAACGUCAGUAAAGGGGUGAACCACUUGCUGAAAAGUCCUUUCAGUGUCCAUCCAAAAACUGGGCGCAUCUCUGUCCCCAUGGACCUCAAAGACUUGGACACAUUUGAUCCUUUCGAUGUGCCCACGAUCAGUUUGAUCUGUGAGGAGCUGGAUCGACCCAGGGCAGGAGAAGAGGAAGAGAAAUUAGAGGACACAAAGGAGAAAGAAGAGGAGAAGGACGCAGCAGAGAGACGGAAGAUCAGAGAUUACAAAAGAACAAGUCUGGCUAAGUAUGUGAAAUACUUUGAUCAGUUUCUGGAUGGAAUGGCGAGUUCUUGGAAAGGAGAACUUCUCAGAAAGAGUGAUCUUAAAAAGAAUUUUGAACAGGAUCAACAAUCAGAGGAUGGGUCCAUUAUGAGAAAUUACUUUCUCUAAUCCCAUCUUUGCAGUGCGACUUUCUGAAUACAGCAGAUUUUAUUUUCUUUAUUACUUGUUUCCUACAUAUUUCCUUGUACAGUGUUUGUGACAAUAAAUUUGGUAUUUCAAAACUUAAA